AUGAAAAAAGAAAGAUUUAUAAAGAAUUAGGGAACAACUGCCUAAUGAAUUGUCUUGAAGAAGAACAUAACUGGACUGAAAUAGAAGAUAUAAACGAUUUGCUAGAAAAGCGAAAAAAAUACUUAAUGGAAGAGUUUAAAAGACUUCAAAUUUUUGAGGUCGAUUAA